AUGGCUACUGUAACAACAACAGCUACUACUACCACAAGUUCAUUUCAAGAUGUUUUAAAUGAUAAUAUUCAUAAAAGAAUUCCCUUAUCAACUUAUGAAACAACUUUAUUAUCAAGUUAUAAUCAAAUUCAAGAAAUUGAUAUUCCAGAAUUUGAUCCUUAUUUACACUUAAAUUAUUAUCAAAAUGAUUUAAAUAAACAUAAAUUUCAAGACACUAGAAGAGUCACAAUGGAAGAAUUAGGUUUAACUCAUCCAGAUCAAAUUUCAAAAAUUGGAGUUACUGAUCCUUUUGAAUUAUUUACAUUAGAAGCAAUUGCAAUUAUGAGAAAAGAAAUUUUAAAUAAAGAAACAUUUAUGAGAUUUGCUAGAUAUAAUUUUAAUUCUACUUCAGGUAUGGAUUGUUGUAUUCGUGGAUAUGUUAAAAAUGAUGAUGAAAUUUCAUGUCCAUUUAUUUAUCAAGCUUGGACAAAUCCUAAAACAAUGGAAUUACUUUCUAAAAUUGCUGGAGUUGAAUUGAAAAUUAUAAUGGAUUAUGAAAUUGGUCAUGUUAAUAUUUCAAUGAAGGGUAAAGAUGAAGAAUCUCAAGAUACAAAAAUUAUAGAUGCUGUUGUUGAUUGGCAUUAUGAUUCUUAUCCAUUCGUUUGUGUUUUAAUGUUGAGUGAUACUUCGAACAUGGUUGGUGGUGAAACGUGUCUUAAAAUUUCAAAUGAUGAAGUUGUUAAAAUCCCAGGUCCAAAAAUGGGUUCUGCUUCAAUGCUUCAAGGUAGACUCAUUAAUCAUAUUGCACCAGUACCAAAAGGAAUGAGUGAAAGAAUUACAAUGGUUACAAGUUUUACAGCUAAACAUCCGUUGAUAAAAGACACAAGUAAUUUAAAAACCGUUAAACCAGAAAUUAAUUUUGGUACAAGAUAUAAUGAUUUUUAUUCACAAUGGAUUAAUUAUAGAAUUGAUUUAAUUAGUCAACAAUUGACAUUAGUUAAACAGAAUUGUAAAGAUAAAGAUGGCAAUUUUCAAAAAUUAUCAACAAUUGAAGCUUUAAAGCAAAUUGAAUCUUAUUUGAAAUUGACAUAUUCGGAAAUGGGUUUUACUAAAGAAGAAAUUGAUUUAAUUAAUAAAUGA